AUGGUCGGGGGAGCUCCGGGGGCUCUGGAGAAGAGCCCCGGCGCAGCCCGGCAGAGGCUGCCGCUGUUACCGGUUGAUCCAUAUGGGUUUGAAAGGCCAGAAGACUUUGACUAUGCAUCCUACGAAGCAUUCUUUUCCAGAUACCUGGUGGUACUCACUAGAAGAGCAAUAAAAUGGUCCAAGCUCCUAAAGGGGAAUAACAGUAUACAGAAGAGUUUAAAAGUGAAGAGAUAUAUCAGGAAAGGCAUCCCAAAUGAACACCGUGCACUGGUCUGGAUGAUUGUGAGUGGAGCCCAAGCCAACAUGGAACAAAACCCUGGAUAUUAUCACAGACUGCUUGAAGGAGAGAAGAAUGACAAGCUGGUUGAAGCAAUUAAAACAGACAUGAACAGAACAUUUCCAGACAAUGUAAAAUUCCGCAAAACUGCUGAUCCAUGUUUGCAGCACACACUCUACAACGUGUUGGUAGCAUAUGGGCAUCAUAAUAAAGCAGUAGGAUAUUGCCAGGGCAUGAAUUUCAUAGCUGGAUACCUGAUUCUUAUUACAAAGAAUGAAGAGGAAUCCUUUUGGUUACUGGAUGCUCUUAUUGGAAGAAUAUUGCCUGAUUACUACAGCCCUGCAAUGCUGGGUCUGAAAACGGAUCAGGAAGUCCUUGGAGAACUGGUGAAAAUGAAAGUGCCAGCUGUGGCAGAGCUGAUGGAAAGACACGGCGUCAUGUGGACCCUUGUGGUGUCACGCUGGUUUAUAUGCCUGUUCAUUGACAUCCUUCCAGUAGAGACUGUGCUCCGAAUAUGGGACUGUUUAUUCUACGAAGGCUCAAAGAUCAUCUUCCGCGUGGCCUUAACGUUAAUAAAGCAACACCAAGCUUUUAUUCUGGAAGCCACGAAUUUCCCUGACAUCUGUGACAAGUUUAAGCAGAUCACCAAAGGAACACUUGUAACUGAGUGUCACAGCUUCAUGCAGAAAAUAUUCACGGACCCUGGAAGCUUGUCCAUGGCAACAAUCAACAGACUCCGAGAGACUUGCAGAGAGAAGUUGCUUUCUCAGGGAUAACGCCCCAGAUUUAAGCAGGGGGGCAGAUACUGCAGCAACUGACACAUUCCUCUACUUGCACUGACUCAAGCACACUUUAAGCUUUCCAUGAGUUAACUGACACUUGACCAAUUUUUUCCUGCCUUUCACGUAAGUGUUGUUAACACUUUGUACUGUAUGUCAGACUUCCUAACUGGAACUGGUGGUUCUGUUCUUGGUUUGUCUGUUGUUUUUUUAAAGGAUUAAAGUUUUCAGAGUAGAAUGUGAUCAGUGUCAGGACACUCCUUUUAAAAAAAAAGCAGUCACUGUCCUUGUGUUUUCAGGGCAUUUUGUAAUGGUAAAAGAAAACAGGUGUAUAAAAUUACAUAUCCUUCCUACUGUAUUAACUGUGACACUGCUAUCAUUUGUACAGAAUAAAUUAAUUUAAUUUG